UCUUUCAAUGUCUCAAUCUCUCUCUCUAAUUCAUUCUAUUUGUUCAUCAGCUCUUCUUAUUCUUCAUCAUCACUGGGGUGUGGUGGAGCUAAUUUUUCCUAGGGUUUAUUCAUAUCAGGAUCAUACUAUCUCUCUCUCUCUCUCUCUCUCUCUCUCUCUUGUUGGAAGCAUAAUCAACAGCACAACAGCUCAUGAAAUUUCUAAUUCGCUUUCCAGCUUCACCGGCUCCUUCACGGCUGCGCUUUUCAGCAAUUCCUUCAAAAUCCUUAUCAUCAUCAUCUCUCCGCGAAAUUACCAGAACACCACUCCCGAAUUGGGGUUCCUCUGUGUCGGGCUCAAAUUCAGAACCCCAAAGCGCAAGCAAAAAUCGAACUUUUCCAAAACUCGAUUCACAAAACGCGGAACUCAGCGACAAAAAUGCUGCUGAAGCCCUCUUGUCAUACAAGAAUGAUCCCCAGAUAGCUCUUGAGUGCUUCAACUGGGUGGGGAAACAACGUGGCUUCCUUCGAGAAGUUGGGGACUCGUUUUUCGUGCUGCUUCACAUUCUUGUAAGAUUCCCGAAUUAUCAUAAUGCAGCUCGGGGCUUGAUUGAUGAUUAUGUGUGCCGGGAUUCUGCCCCGUCGUGUGUUGUGUCGGUCGAUCAUUUGAUUGAUUGUUCGAAAAGAUUUGGUUUUGGGUUGAAGCCGCGGCUUUUUGAUUAUUUCUUGAAUGGAUAUGUCAGGGCACAGAGAUACAAAGAUGCGGAAGAUUGUUUCUAUGCAUUGGUUUCGCGUGGAAUAUUGCCCUGUGAGAUUAUUUUGAAUAAUUUCUUGAAAUCGCUGAUAAGGUUGAAUAUGAUUGACAAUGCACGCGGUUUGUUUAAGGACGUAGUUUUGAAGAGUAUUAGGUAUGAUUGUGAUGCUGUAUACGUGAUGAUGUGCGCGAGUCUGAAAGAUGGUAGGGUGGAAGAGGCUGAGAAGUACUUUCUGGAGGCGAAGAAUAGGGGAAUUAAACUCGAACCUCAUGUUUAUUCUAGUGCAGUUCGUGCUGCUUGUAUGAAGCUGGAAAGCAAUCUUGCACUUGGCUUGUUGAGUGAGAUGAAGGAUAGGGGUUGGGUUCCACCUGAGGGUACAUUUACACUUGUAAUAUGUACUUGUGUGAAGCAGAGGAAUAUGACAGAGGCGUUAAGGCUGAAGGACGAGAUGAUUAACAGUGGACAUUCGAUGAAUUUGGUAGUUGCUACUAGCUUGAUGAAGGGAUAUUAUCAGCAGGGUGAUCUGAAUAGCUCGUUGGCGUUGUUUGAUAUGAUAGUGGAAGAUGGACUUGCUCCAAACAAGGUCACUUAUGCGGUCGUCAUAGAAGGAUGUUGUGUUCAUAGGAAUAUGGAGAAGGCAAAAGAGUUGCUUGAUCGUAUGAAAUCUGCAGGUAUUCAACCAAAUGUAUACACUGUGAAUUCUAUAAUUAGAGGUUAUUUGCGAUCUGAAUUGCUAGAUGAGGCGAUGAAAAUAUUUGAUGUUGCUGUGAAGGAUGGAGUUGCUAAUGUUUUCACUUACAAUGAUAUGCUAUCCUGGUUCUGUGGAAAUGGUAGACUAGAUGAUGCGUACGAGAUAUGGGAUAAGAUGAUAGAUCGGGGGGUUGAACCAACUAUAGUUUCCUACAAUAAUAUGAUUCUUGGGAACUGUAGAAAAGGGACUAUGGAUGUAGCACUCAGCUUACUUUCUGAAAUGACUGUUAGGAACUUGAAACCAAAUGUAAUUACUUAUAGUAUAUUGGUUGAUGGACAUUUUAGAAAGGGUGAAACAGGAAAAGCCAUUGGAUUGUUUGAUCUUAUGGUAAGCUCGGGAAUUGUCCCGACUAAUGUCACAUUCCAUACAGUCAUCAAUGGGUUCUGCAAAGCUGGCCAAACCGGUGCAGCAAAAGAGUCGAUGGAAAAGUUUGUGUCAAUGGGUUUUGCUCCCGGUUGCAUGACUUAUAAUUGCCUUAUUGAUGGCUUUAUCAAGGAAGGCAAUACUGACUCCGCAUUAGCUGUUUAUGAUGAGAUGUGCAAAUCUGGACUUGUGCCCAAUGUUGUUACUUACACCACUUUGAUUGAUGGAUUUUGUAAAGGACAGGCUAUGGAUCUUGCACUGAAGGUGCGGAGUGAGAUGCGUGCUAAAGAAAUUGCAAUGGAUGUAACUGCAUAUAAUGCUCUUAUCGAUGCCUUUUGCAAGAGAAAUGACAUGAAGUGUGCAUCUCAACUUUUUGAUGAACUUCUAGAAGCUGGUUUAUCUCCAACUACGGCUGUUUACAACACCAUGAUUGGUGGAUUCAGAAACCUAUAUGAUAUGGAUGCAGCGCUUAACUUAUUCAAAAGAAUGAGUGGUGAAGGGACUCGGUGUGAUUUGAAAACUUACACCACAUUGAUUGAUGGGCUGUUGAAAGUUGGGAAUAUAGAGCUUGCAACAGAUUUCUACCAGGAGAUGCUUGCGAAGAACAUCAUGCCAGAUGUCAUUACGUACUCUGUUUUAAUACACGGUCUUUGCAGUAAAGGACAGCUGGAAAAUGCUCGCAAGGUCCUUGAUGAGAUGCUCAAUAAGAGUGUCACCCCUAAUGCGCUUAUUUAUAAUACACUUAUUGGGCGAAACUUCAAGGAGGGUAAUUUCCAAGAGGCUUUUCGGUUGCAUGAUGAAAUGCUUGCUAGUGGUCUUGCAGCUGAUGAUACCACUUAUGACAUUCUCAUGGGUGGAAAGCUUAAGGAGAAUCCUCCCAUCGGGAGUUCUUCCAUGGUCAGGCUAUAUGAGAUUGCCGCAGACAUUCUCUGCGUUGUAGUACAAUGGAGCAGACUCAAGAAAAUAGAAGACUAGAAGCUCGGAUUUGGAGCGAGGUUUUCAUUGUCUGCGCUGAAGGAUUAAGUGAUUAACCCUACUCUCUCACUAAAAAGUUGGUGCAUGGAGGUGACCAAUUUCAUGAAUUUGUUGUUUCUUACAAUUAUAUUUGGGAUAAGAUGUUGUGGAUGAUCAUUUUGUGGA